UCGCUAGAUUUCAGCUAGACCAACGCGGAUGUGAAUCAUGUGAUGGCCGGCUUCGAUCACGGCGCCAUACGCAGGUCAAAUCCAGAUAAGCUAUGCACCGCAAUUGUAUUCUACAGAUUCUCUACAAGUAUUUCAAGCCCUUGGGGACCCACUAGUUCUCCGCGGCAGCCUGCUCCAUGCAAAUCUUGCCGAAAUACAGCUUUGAAGGCUGCACUUGCACUGUGUAUGCCGCAUUAAGAGACGUGGACGAUGGACCAAUGGUAUUCCGGCCGGUGACUAUUUCGGAGGAGGUGUGUGACGGAUUCUAUGGCGUACGUCAGCUAGAUAAUCCGAACCCAGAUAAAAUGGUGGCCUGCCGCAUCGUGCAUAAGACGCAGUUUGUGGAAAAAUUGCCGGUACCAGGCAAGGAACAAAGUUUCUUUGGUAAGGAAACCGGCAUCCUGUAGCGCAAACACACCGUCAGCUUUGUCACGGCCCAAUUGCUACGUGGAGUGGAUUUCCUCCCUCGUUUCCUGGCUGAAACCUGCAGGCUAGCGUUAGGACCUGGAGAUCGUGUGUGUGGUGGCCUGUGUUCACGGACACCAACUGCUGAAUGGGAUACCAUGAAGUUCAAGUGUGCCGGAGCGCACUAUCCGACAUUUGCGAUGGAUAUCGGUUGUCGUGUAUUCGCACGGGCGGGACCUGACACGGCGACGGUCGUUUGCGGCGAAGUGCAUGGUGACGCCGCCGAGCGCAAAAUGUUCUGGAACGAGAACGCCGUGCGGGAAGCGUGCCACAGGUAUCUCACUGAGCAACAAAAAGUCGACAGUACCACUGCCACGAUAAGUGGAGCAAGUCGUCUGCAAUGUGAUGUGGACGACGCGAAGAUUACCGACCUUCCUCAUCCAAUCCUGGCAGGUGCUUCUGUGCAAUCUGGACAUCGUUACGCAGUUGUGCAUGAACCGGCUGGAUGAAAACACUCGCCUGCACUUUCCGAGUAUCAUUCCGGCGUUAUGGAUAAUUCUUGGCACAAAGUGAGAAACCACUGAGAAGGAGACCACGUAAAUAACCAAUAAUUCGAAACAAUGUUAAUAACCUAAUUGCAUUACAAAAAGCGGUAGAGAAAACGGCACUACUUCAGAUGUUAUUAAUUUUAAUGAGUACAUAAUUUAUGUGCGUAAUUUAUGUCGCACAACGACAC